CACAUCAGACUGGCGGUAAGCCCGCCUCUGAGCAUCGGAAGACCCGCCUCUUCCCUAAGGUUAAGAGAGGAAGGAGGGUCAGGUGGUGACGUAACUUUCCGCUUUAGGUGGCCUUCCGCUUGGGCGGCUGUGGGGUAGGGGCUCCGAAACAUUAAGUGGGGCUCUCUAAUCCCUGGGCUUUCGAAAGUGCCAUGAGGUCGGUUAGCUACGUGCAGCGCGUGGCACUGGAGUUUAGCGGGAGCCUCUUCCCGCACGCAAUCUGCCUCGGAGACGUCGACAACGACACGUUAAAUGAGCUUGUGGUAGGAGACACCAGCGGGAAGCUUUCUGUGUAUAAGAAUGAUGACAGCCGGCCAUGGCUUACCUGUUCCUGCCAGGGAAUGCUGACUUGUGUUGGGGUUGGAGAUGUAUGUAAUAAAGGAAAGAAUCUGCUGGUGGCAGUGAGUGCUGAAGGCUGGUUUCAUUUGUUUGACCUGACACCUGCCAAGAUCCUGGAUGCUUCUGGGCACCAUGAUGCACUAAUGGGGGAGGAGCAACGUCCAGUCUUCAAACAGCAUAUCCCUGCCAACACCAAGGUCAUGCUGAUCAGCGACAUCGAUGGAGAUGGGCUUUGUGAACUGGUGGUGGGCUACACGGACCGUGUGGUACGGGCUUUCCGCUGGGAAGAGCUGGGUGAGGGCCCUGAACACCUGACAGGGCAGCUGAUAUCCCUCAAGAAAUGGACACUGGAGGGUCAGGUGGACAGCCUCUCAGUGACUCCAGGGCCUUUGGGUGUUCCUGAACUGAUGGUUUCUCAGCCAGGCUGUGCUUAUGCAAUUCUACUGUGUACCUGGAACACGGACACUACGUCUCCUCCUGCCUUUGAGGGAGCCACAGAGGGCAGUAGGGAGACCCCAGCUGCCCGAGAUGUGGUAUUACAUCAGACGUCUGGCCGGAUCCACAACAAGAAUGUCUCUACUCACCUAAUUGGCAACAUCAAACAAGGCCAUGGCCCUGAGAGUGGUGGCUCUGGCCUCUUUGCUCUGUGCACUCUGGAUGGGACACUGAAGCUCAUGGAGGAAGCAGAUAAGCUCCUGUGGUCAGUGCAGGUGGAUCAUCAGCUUUUUGCCCUGGAGAAAUUAGAUGUUACGGGCAAUGGACACGAGGAGGUAGUUGCAUGUGCCUGGGAUGGACAGACAUAUAUUAUUGAUCACAACCGCACUGUCGUCCGCUUCCAAGUGGAUGAAAAUAUCCGUGCCUUCUGUGCAGGCCUGUAUGCCUGCAAAGAAGGCCGCAACAGCCCCUGCCUUGUGUACGUCACGUUCAACCAGAAGAUCUAUGUGUACUGGGAGGUGCAGCUGGAGCGGAUGGAGUCCACUAACCUGCUGAAAGUGCUAGAGGCUGAGCCAGAUUACUGUAGCCUGCUGCAGGAGCUGGGCGUGGAUCCUGACGACCUCCCUGCAGUCCGUGCCCUGCUUCACCAAACCCUCUACCACCCAGGCCAGCCAGCACAGUAUGCUCCCUCAAGCCUUCAGGAUCCUACCUAGCUGGACCUGCCCUCAUGACUGGUGAAGGACUCGUCUGAGCCCCACUCUACCCCCCCAACAGUGUCCAUGGUUUUGGCAAGAUGGGGGAGACAUAUCAAAGAGGAGCAAGAUUUGACUCUGGGCAUAAAAGAUAGUGGCAACCCUAAGGUGACUACAAACUAUAGACCCUGCAGUCUUUUUGGUGAAAGAAGGCACAGAUUGACCCGCUGCCCAUUUCCUCACGGACCUCACCUGUCACAUAUCAGCAGGGUCAUAGGACCCUGGCCUUGCUCCAAAUUAUCUGAGGUGUGCUAUCCCCUCUCCCAAGCUUCCCAGUCUCACUGUGUAGAAAAUGUUGUGAGGAGGGAGUUCAAAUCUUUUGCAUGGCCCCAACACCCUAAAGAAAUCAGGCUUUGGGCUUAGGGUAGCAGUGGAGGUAAGGUCUCCAUCCACCCUAAGCUCCAUCUUUCCUGACACAACUCCAAGUCAUUGACAUCAAUAAUAAUUACAGGAAUGAGGGCCAGGCAUGGUGGCUUACACCUGUAAUCCUAGAACUCUGGGAGGCCGAGGCAGGUGUAUUGCCUGAG